CCGCCCCCCGCGCCUCACGGCUCUGCUUCCCCUGCCGCAGACGGGUCUCGGCCGCCUCCGCCCGGCCCUGUCGCGACAGAAGAGGCGGCUUCACCCCCUCCGUCCCCUCGGAGAUCCCCCUCAGGACUCCCCUUCCGUCGCUCUCCGCCCGCGGGUGCCGCAGUGGGCCGGCCGCGGCGCCGCCCCGCCCCGCCGCGGGGAUAUGAGCCGCCGGCUGGACAAUGUCGGCGCUGGAGUGGUUCGCGCACAAGCCCCUGGGCGGUGGGAUUUUCUGGAUCCAAGAGCGCUUCUACGAGUCGGGCAACCGGGCCAAUAUCUGGCUGGUGCGGGGCUCGCAGCGGGACGUGGUGAUUGACGCGGGGCUGGGGCUGCGCAGCCUGCCCGACUACCUGCGCGCCGCCGGGCUGCUGGCGCCGGCGGAUGGGGCCGCGCCGCGGCCGCUGCUAGCUGUGGCUACACACGUCCACUUCGACCACUCGGGCGGGCUGCAGCACUUCGAGGAGGUGGCGGUGCACAGCGCCGAGGCUGCGGCCCUGCUGCGCGGAGACAACUACGAGACUGUCACCUGGCUGUCGGACCGGGAGGUGGCGCGGCCGCCGCGGCCCGGCUGGAGGGCUCGGCACUUCCGCGUCCCGCCGGUCCGGCCCAGCCGCCUGCUGCAGGAGGGGGAUGAGAUCAGCCUUGGAGACCGACAGCUUACUGUCAUGCACAUGCCUGGUCAUUCCAGAGGCAGCAUUUGCUUACAUGACAAAGAACGGAAGAUUUUGUUCAGCGGGGAUGUGGUGUACGAUGGAUCCAUGAUUGACUGGCUUCCCUACAGCAAAAUCAGCGACUACAUUGCAAGCUGCCAGCGCCUCUUGGAGUUAGUGGACAGAGGUCUCGUGGAGAAGGUACUGCCUGGGCACUUCAACAUCUUUGGGGCAGAAAGGCUAUAUCGGUUAGCUUCCAACUACAUUUCCCAAGCUGGAAUCUGUCACAAGGUUUCUACUUGUGCCAUGAAGUCCAUUGCAAGCAUAGCACUUCGCAUUACAAAUCCCAGAGUCACUUCUUAAAGUGUUUCUUAGUGUGUUUUGUGUGAUCUGCUCCCUGUUGAAAAGCCAAAUGGCUUGUGAAAGUGUUGAUACAGGCAAAAGCAGUAUGUGUUAGUAAAAAGCUGGCAAACUGACACAAAUGAGCUGCAAAAGUUCUCCUACUUUAUUCCUACUUUUAUAAAAAGUGUGUCAGCUGGUCGCUUCAGCCAAAGCUAUUGUUUUUCUGUCUAUUUCUUUCAGGGCAUGUUUGCACACAUACUGUGAUUGAAAUAUAUUGUAUUAUUUUCGUUACAAUUCUGACAGGUGCACAUAUGCCAAAACGAGAGGUUUCACAUUCAUGCCUGAAACCUUGUUGAUGUAGCACUAGACUUGUGACCACCCACUCAACUCCCGCUCAGGUUUUGGCCUAACACAGCCUGCGCCAAGAGCUAGUGUGUGCUGGUGGAAGCAGCACCGUUAGGUCAAAGCAGGAGCAGCACAUGCAGAGGACUCGGCGGGCAGAAAGAGAUGAGGGCUGUCCUGCAGCCGUUGUCACCUGCUGGGUGCCUGCUGCACUCCUGCAUCUUAGCUGAGUAGCUGUCUGGCAGUGUCUUUAGAAUCCACUAACAUACAGACAUGCUGCAGACUAGACUUCCAAGCUGGAAGGUAUAUAGAUACAUCAGCUUACCCCAAAAGCUUCUGAUGUUGAUCUAGCAGCAGACAGACUGUUGAGGCUGUCAUGCUUCUCCAUGGGGUGCAGGGAAUGCCUGUGCCUUGAUAGAGGAGCAAGAAGGAGUGCUCUUGCUUUCGGCUAGGGAACUGUUUGCUUACAGAUGCGCAAGUUAGGAAUUGGAGAAUUUGUGAACUAAUGCAUUAAUGUGUUAAACUAGCCUGUACAAAGUGGAUUGAGCCCUUGCUUGAUAUGUUUCGUUUUUUUCUGAUGAGCUCAUUUAAAAAAUAAAAUUACUUACAGAGUAUGUUGUUGUGUAAAUCUGAGCAAACUGGACUGUGACAAACUUAAAGGCUUUAUUUGCAAGUAAAAGUAUUUUUAUGUGACUGGAUUGUAACUCAGUUGUUAAUGCUCUGUGGUAGGGGAAGGAGGAAGGCUUUAACAUUAUCUUGCCCUACUGCAGGUGCUGGAUUAAACGGCCCAUAUGCUGGUUACCAUGAAGUGAAUGUAGCUUGAGCCGUUUACUGUUUGCUUAUGAAGUGUUUGCUGCAUAUAUUUUAUAUUAAAAGUAAAGUGCAUUGCAUUUGAGUCUGUUCCAAAAAAAAGUUGCAUACAGUGAGAAAUGCUAAAUGACAUUGUAACUUGCUUAUGAAAAUUGAGUGUGUGAUACUUAAAACCUGUUGAAAUGGUUAGACUUUGUGUAAUUAUUCUAACAGUAUAUAUAUUUAACUUUUUUAAAAGGACACUGAUGUUAUUUUUGUAUAUAGACAUAAAAAGACAAGUAUAUAUGUAUAAAGACAUAUAUACUUUACUAAAAAGAAUGCAUAAAUUUUUCCCAAAUUUUAGUGCAGUUUAAACCUUAUUUGUUUGACUUCCUCUUUAUGGGGAAGCUUCUCCCCCAUCCCUCAUCAUGCCCAGCAGAGAGGGAGUCCAAAGACUGGGCUCCAUCUGAGGCAUGGCGGAGUAGAAGUUGAAACCUUCUUAACGGGUGUGAAUUCUGGUGGAAAAAACAGUUGCAAAAUAAAAAGCAUCUCUGUAAAAAGUAUGAAAGAGACUGUCUUACGUCAUGCUUUUCUCCUUUCGCAGAUCACAGCAGUCCUGCCUUUACUAUUUGAGUACGUUCUUUACCAGGAUUUGUACUGAUAGGUUGUGCCUAGCUCUUGUUAGCAGUGCCUAUCUCCAAGCUGGAGCAAAAUGGCAAGUGGGCAAACCAGGUGCAGCAAUGCCGUGCUUGAAAGACCUACUAUCACUCACAUCAUAGUCUUUUUUUGGAGAAACCCAGAAACGUGAGUGUAUUACAUGAGGGAGUGUUUAAUCAGCAGGUAGACUUCUGUCAUAAAUGAAGCCAAGAGCUUUCUGUCUUGGCCUCAUUUGGCCAGAGGAAGAAACACAAAAAGUUAGCCUGGGAAGCAAAAAAGCUGUUCAGCGAAGAGGCCCAGAACAAAUGCCACAGUGUGGUUUUCGUUUUUAGCCUGCUGACAUAUGCUGCUAUUCACACAGCAGUCCAGGCACUGUUCUGGAUAGGCAAGGGUUCACAAUGGGCAAUCGCAGAUCCGAGGUGGCUGAAAUCAGAAUGUCCGAAGAAAUACCCAGCACUGAAGGUUACACCAGUUAUCCAGGUGAAACUGUGGUGUCACAGGUUACCUGACAGUAAUCGAAUUCCUUCAAAUUAGCCAUGUGUGGUGUAAUACCAGUAGUAAUCUUGCUCUAUCCUGUCAGGAAGGCUGUAGGAGCACUGAUGCUAAGCCCCGUGCAGUUACACGGACAGAGAGGCCUCUUCUGUCACAAAGCCUGCCAGUUGCUAAAAUUUUGGAAAUGUUCAUUAAGAGAGUGAGAUCAUGUUGAAUUAGCGUUUUGUGUUAUACCACCAUUGGUUUAUUUUAUCCAAUACUGAAAGCCUUGAAACCCUUUUCGGCUCCUAAGAGAAGGCUCACAGGCAUGCCAAUUCAAAAGAGAAGAUAGCCUCCAUCAUUUCUUUAAAUUUGUGCACAGUAUCAGCUACAAGAUACUCUUGUGUCAAAAUGCACUAUUAAGCCAUGCUUAAGUCCAUUAAGUGUAUGUAGAUAACAGCAAUUGACUGGGGUUUUUUUUACCUUGACCAAAAUCUAGGAAUGAUUUCCUAGCUCAGAAUUGUGCUUUACCUGAACGUAGCCCAAAAUGGAGCGUAAACUGCUGCUAUGAUCCCACUGAAAGUAGAUUUUGAAGGUCUCAGAAUUAUUUUUGUAUUGUAAGGAAUACACUACUAGGUAAAUGAUACAUCUUAAGUGUAAAGAACUGUCUCUGACUAUUGUUGUUAAGAAUUAGCCAAGUUUUAGUCGUAAGGGUUUGACAGUGGCCUUGUAACACUACUUGGAUUGAAUAUUUAAAACAUAAGUUGUAAGUUUAAAUAUUGCGACAUCUUGGGUAUUUAGAACUGUGAUGAUUUACUUGUAAAAUCUAAAUGUAUGGGAAGUUUUGCUCCAUAAUGUGUCAAGACUUAUGUGAUGUUAAACAACAGCUGACACAUAAAAAUGACUUUAUCAUAGAUAAUCGUAAUAAAAAAAUGUUAUAAUCCUGUGCA